GUUUUAUAUAAUUUUUUAAAACAUCAAUAAGAUGUUUGAUACUGGUGCCUGUCUGCAGAUUGUUGAAUGUCGGCGAGUGUUAAAAUGGACCUACGCAUAUGGAUACUACUUACCUGAGUAUGAAAAUGCCAAGAGACAAUUUUUUGAAUAUUUGCAAGGUGAGGCCGAGGCUGGUUUAGAAAGGCUUCAUCAAUGUGCUGAGAAGGACCUACAAACUUACCUUAAUGCUGAAGCUCCUUCAAAUGAUUUUAAUGAUUUCCGCACAAAACUGGCUGGACUGACAAGUGUCACCCGAAAUUACUUUGAAAACUUGGUUAGAGCAUUAGAGAAUGGUCUAUCAGAUGUGGAUUCCCAAGGGGGUUGCAGUAAGACAGCAAACUCGAAAAGUGGAGUAGCAGCUGCUGGCAAGGGAAAAGGUGGAAGAGGAAAGGCAGCUUCCCGGUCUGGUGGCCCAAGUAGAAAUGCCGAUGAUUCAGGAAGUUGGUCAUGCGAUCAAUGCACUUUUAUGAAUGCCAGAUCAGCAACCACGUGUGAGAUGUGCCACCAGCGCCGCUGAAAUGCACUUGUGUACACCCUGCGCUGGUGGUUUUCACUUGGAAGAAAGCCUUUUGAAGCAAGAAAUGAAAAAA